UGUAAAUUGUUGAUUCCAAAAGAAAUGUAAAGGAAGCAAGCAUUUUUUUUAAAGAUCUUCCUGGCAAUUAACAAUAAUAAUAGUAAUAAUAAUGGCGACAAAUAUCAGCAGCCUUAUUGUAUGCAGGAAGGUGUAUCACGAUCAUUGUUAUGGCAUUUUCAAUGGGCAGAAUCCAUUAAAAUCUGGGUUUCCACUCUUUAUGUUAGAGCUCUUGAGCAUCGUUAUUAUCUCUAACGUUGUUAGGUUUCUGCUCAAGCCUUUACGACAGCCUAAGGUCGUCUCCAACAUCAUUGGCGGCAUUAUAAUUGGGCCGUCGGUGUUGAGCCAUAGCAAGAAGUUCCGGAGGAACAUGUUCCCGGACAAUGCCGAGUAUGUGGUGAGGAAUGUCGGGACAAUCGGGUUCAUGUACUUCCUCUUCAUCUCCGGCGUGAAAAUGGAUGUCUUUACGCUAAGGCGCGUGGACCGGAAGCAUUGGAUCAUCGCUGUAGUUGGCGUGAUCGUGCCGCUCGUUUGCAGCAUUGCGGUGGCGAUGGUGGAGAGAAAAUCUUUGCCAGAAGGGACGGAGAAGCCAUUCUCCCUUAUGGGGAUCACAUCAUCGUUAGCCAUCUCCGCUUUCCCGGUUAUUUACCCGAUCGUGAAGGAGUUCAACUUAGUUAGCUCGGAGAUGGGACAAAUGGCGUUGUCGACUUCCAUUAUCAGCGACGUCAUCGGCAAUAUUGGCGUGACUAUAUUCGAGGCUGGUAAGCAAGGCGAGGAUAGGCCUAUAGGAGCUCUGUGGUACAUGAUUUCGCUCAUCGUCGUUUUGGGCGCGAUUAUGGGCGGCAUUAGGCAGGCAAUGCUUUGGAUUGUUCGGACGACGCCGGAUGGGAAGCCAGUGGAUCAAAUUUAUGUGAUCACUAUACUUCUGGGGGUUUUGGUCAUCGGUUUCAUCGCCGACAUGUUUGGUCUUGCGAUCGCCAACGGUCCUUUGUGGCUCGGGCUGGCAGUCCCGGAUGGCCCUCCGUUGGGCGCCAUUCUCGUGGAGAAAGCCGAGACGAUUAUGACGGAGAUUCUUCUACCGUGUUCGUUUAUGAAUAUAGGAACGAUCGUGGAUUUCUCGACGUUGAGCCACCACUGGUCUCAUCUGCUACCGCUCUUUUUCAUCGUCAUAAGCGGGUACACGUCGAAGAUGAUCGCGACGCUCAUCACGUCGCAGUACUUGGACAUGACACUGAGGGACGGGCUCACACUCAGCCUGUUGCUUAGCUUACGAGGCGAGGUCGAGCUUCUGUUGUUCGUGCAUUGGAUGGAUUUUAAGAUGAUCGAUCAAACGCAGUUCACAUUCUUGGUCUUAGUCUCCAUGCUCGUGACUGCUCUAGCCGUGCCGGUAAUCAGCAUCGUCUAUGAUCCGACGAGGCCUUACAUGGUGAACAAGCGACGUACGAUACAACAUACAUCUUACAACGUCGAGCUCCAAGUUAUCGCUUGCAUUAACGACGAGGAAAACCUUCACGGCAUCAAGAGACUGCUCGACUUCUCCAGUCCAACAGUGAAUCGCCGGUUCUCUGUCCACGCAUUGCACCAUGUGGAGCUCGUUGGUCGGGCCAACCCGUUGUUCAUCGACCAUGAAAAGGAAGAUGGCGACACAGAUCAAGCGAACACGACUAGCUCGGUCCAUAAAGCCUUAAAGAUCUUUCAAGAAUCUAGAGGAGGAUGCAUGAAGAUACAUCCGUACACGGCGAAGAGCCCGAAAAGAACAAUGUACCAAGACAUUUGUGAGCUCGCUCUUACGAAGCAAGCUUGCGUGAUCGCCCUGUCGCUCCACCGCGAAUCAUCCGACUACUUAGAAGGGAAGCGAGGCAUCAAGAAGCAAGGCCAUCCGUCCACAACCGCGAGCGUUCUUGCGCACGCGCCGUGCUCGGUGGCGAUCCUAGUCGACAAAAUUCCAUACAUGAAUACUUUUAGCAGCAUUAUGAUGAGUUCGGAGCAUCACUUCGUAGUCCUUUUCUUGGGGGGAGCAGACGCUCGAGAGGCCCUUGCGUUCGCCGAUCGAGCAGCCGGGAACGAGGCCAUAUCGCUCACUGUGGUUAGAUUUCUUUCGCUUGACAACAAGGGCGACGAUGAAAUGGAGAAGAAGCUCGACGAUGGCUUGGUGACGUCGUUUUGGGUGAAGAACGAAGGCAACAAUCGAUCCGUUUACCGCGAGGUCGUGGUGAAGAACGGCGAGGAAACGUUGAAUGCGAUUCGAGCGAUGAAUAGCGACGAGUAUGACCUUUGGAUUGUGGGAAGAAAACAGGGCAUCAAUCCUGUUCUUCUACAAGGACUACCGAACUGGAGAGAAAACACUGAGCUCGGCGUGAUUGGAGACUACAUUUCGUCGACGGAUUUUAGCAGCCAAGCUUCGGUUUUGGUUGUACAACAACAAGUUCUUAGAGGACAAGAGCAGGCUUCAGGGUGCAGUUCAGUAUGCAACAAAUGGUGGUCGAUCUGAAACUGUUGUAUUCAAACAAUGUU